AUGACUAUUAACAGCAUUAAAGCAUGGACGGCUUUAAAUGCUGAUUUCGACCAGAGGUUGGUAGUCGAUCUGGGUCAGGUGAUGAACAUAACUAGAAUAGCAACGCAAGGUCGUCCAUUAUCACAAGAAUAUGUUCAAGAAUAUACUAUAAGUUAUGGAACGAACGGACAAGAUUAUGCCGAUUAUAAAGAUUCCGAUGGGAAUAUAAAGCAAUCUUUAAUACUAACAAUAAAACUCAUUAACUUAGGGGAUUUCUCGUGGUCACCUAAAGAUAACACGUAUUAUCAUUUCUUAACCAUCGACCUCGGUGCAAGAGUUAAGAUAAGAGCCAUAGCAACUCAGGGUCAGAGUAAUACAAAAGAAUGUGUAACAGAGUACAUUCUUCAAUAUUCUGACAAUGGGCAAUUAUGGAGAAGUUAUAGUGGAAAUACGGGUGAAGCGGAGAUGUUCAAUGGAAAUAUCGAUGGAUCUACAAUUCAUAGAAAUGAAUUUGAAAUUCCCAUAAUUGCUCAAUGGGUUAGAAUCAAUCCCACACGUUGGAACGAACGAAUAUCACUUCGAGUUGAAUUAUACGGUUGUGAUUAUGAAUCCAAUCUUCUUUACAUGAAUGGAUCUUCCUUAUUGGUUUGGCAUUUAAACAAGGAGCCCGUUUAUGCGAGCAGAGAAUCUAUUCGUUUUAGAUUUAAAACAAGUCAAGCCAAUGGUGUUUUGCUUUACAGCCGUGGAACUCAAGGAGAUUACAUCGCAUUACAAUUGCAUUACAAUCGUUUGCUUCUCAACCUUGAUUUGGGUUCACGUAUAAUGACAUCUUUAUCCGUGGGCUCACUUUUGGACGACAAUCUAUGGCACGAUGUUGUUAUAUCAAGAAAUCGGCGCGAUAUUGUCUUUUCGGUCGAUAGAGUUGUGACUCAGGGAAGAAUAAAAGGAGAAUUUGCAAGAUUAAAUUUAAAUCGAGAGUUUUACAUCGGAGGAGUACCAAACAAGCAAGAAGGAUUAAGCGUCACUCAAAAUUUUACCGGUUGCAUUGAAAAUUUUUAUGUUAAUUCCACAAAUGUAAUAAAGGAAGUGAAAACUGUGCAGGCUUAUGGAUAUGACUACAUGCAAAAGAUUAACACUCUUGAAAUUUGUCCGGAACCACCGAUUAUUCCAGUCACGUUUUUAACUUCGACGUCGUUCGUUAAACUCAAAGGAUAUGAAGGCGUGCGAUCGUUGAACGCGUCAUUCGCAUUCAGGACUUACGAAGAAAACGGAGUUCUUUUGUUUCAUAAAUUUACUUCUCCUGGCGACAUAAAAUUAUAUUUAGAAAACGGCUACAUAAAAGUCGACGUGCAAACCGGUACAAAUCCGAGAACAAUUUUAAAUAAUUUUCACGAACCGUUCAACGAUGGCAGAUGGCAUCAAGUUGUUUUGACAGUUGGAACCAACAAAUUAAUUUUAGAAAUUGAUGGCGUUGCAAUGACGACAAAUCGUCUUUUAUCAAUGUCGACGGGACCUUAUUAUAUGAUCGGUGGAGGAAUUCAUGGUCAAGAGGGUUUCAUCGGUUGCAUGAGAAUGAUUUCGGUUGAUGGAAAUUACAAAUUGCCAACGGAUUGGACUAAAGAAGAUUAUUGUUGCGGAGAAGAAAUAUUAUUUGACUCGUGUCACAUGAUUGACAGAUGCAAUCCCAAUCCUUGUAAACAUAAUGGAUUUUGUAAACAAAACUCGAAAGAAUUUUUCUGUGAUUGCACCGGUACUGAAUACGCAGGAUCCGUUUGUCACACGUCAACAAAUCCCCUUUCGUGUGAGGCAUACAAAAACGUUAACGACGUCGGAUCAAGUGCAGAAAUUAAAAUCGACGUAGACGGAUCCGGUCCUUUAAAACCUUUUCCGGUUACGUGUCAAUUUUUUGCCGACGGCAAAGUUGAAACAAUAAUUCAUCAUUCUAACGAGGAAACGACUCCAGUCAAUGGUUUUCAAGAACCAGGAAGUUUUAUCCAGGACAUCACGUACGACGCCGAUUUAGAACAAAUUGAAGCUUUUAUGAAUCGUUCAACUUCUUGUAAACAGAGACUGCAUUAUAGUUGUAAAAACUCCCGCUUGUUAAAUUCACCGUCACGGGAAAAUAAUUUUCAACCAUUUGCUUGGUGGGUAUCUCGUUGGAAUCAAAAAAUGGACUACUGGGGAGGAGCUUUGCCAGGAUCGAGAAAAUGUGAGUGCGGCAUUUUAGGUCAAUGUGUUAACCCUACCAAUUGGUGCAAUUGUGAUGCUGCGCUUGAUGUGUGGGCAGAAGAUGGAGGAGAUAUUACACAAAUGGAACAUUUGCCGGUAAAGCAAGUUCGGUUUGGAGACACUGGUAAUCCUUUGGAUGAAAAACAAGGGCAAUAUACAUUGGGCCCCUUAAUUUGUGCUGGAGAUAACCUGUUUAAUAACGUAGUUACAUUUAGAGUGGCAGACGCAAGCAUAAAUCUUCCAACAUUCGAUAUAGGACAUUCCGGAGAUAUCUAUUUCGAAUUUAAAACCACUGCCAAAGAUGCCGUACUAUUGCACAGCACGGGACCUACCGAUUACAUUAAACUUUCCAUAACUACCGGCAAUCGGAUACAAUUUGAAUAUCAAGCAGGAAGUGGAACUUUGGGAGUUUCCGUCGAUACAGCUUAUCGGCUAGAUGACAACAAUUGGCAUUCAAUUUCAAUUGAAAGGAAUCGAAAAGGAGGAAGACUGGUUGUUGAUGGUUCAUCGAAAAACGAAGUCCACGAAACAACUGGACCCAUUCGUGCAUUACAUUUAACUUCUGAUCUUGUGAUUGGUUCAAGUGUAGAUUACAGAGAUGGAUUCGUAGGCUGUAUAAGAGCUCUUUUACUCAAUGGUAAACUUGCCGAUCUCAGAGGAAUAGCAGAAAAAGGUCUCUACGGUAUUUCCGUAGGUUGCGUUGGAAAGUGUAUCAGCAAUCCUUGCUUAAAUAAUGGUACUUGCAUUGAGGGCUACGAUGGUUACACGUGCGAUUGUCGUUGGACAGCUUUUAAAGGUCCCAUAUGUGCUGAUGAAAUAGGAGCCGUGAUGAGACCUGACACAAUGAUAAAAUACGAUUUUAUGGGUUCUUGGAGAUCGACCAUUGCAGAAAACAUUAGGGUAGGAUUUACCACGACAAACCCUAAAGGAUUCUUGUUGGGCUUUUCUUCGAACAUAUCCGGCGAAUACCUAACCAUCAUGAUUUCAAAUAGCGGUCACUUGCGAGUAGUUUUUGAUUUCGGGUUCGAGCGUCAAGAGUUAAUUUUUCCCAACAAGCAUUUCGGAUUAGGACAAUAUCACGAUGUCCGAAUUCGAAGAAAAAAUUCAGGGGCUACUUUAGUUAUGGAAGUAGAUUCUUACGAGCCGAAGGAAUUUCACUUUAACAUCAAAGCUUCGGCCGAUGCUCAAUUUAACAAUAUUCAGUACAUGUACAUAGGAAGAAACGAAAGCAUGUCGGAAGGAUUCACGGGAUGCAUAUCCCGAGUUGAGUUCGACGACAUUUAUCCCCUUAAAUUGCUAUUUCAAGAAAACGGGCCGCGCAAUGUAAAAGUUGCCAAUCCUACCACGGAAGAUUUUUGCGGAGUCGAACCGGUAACUCAUCCUCCGGACAUAUUUGAAACGAGACCGCCGCCUAUCCUGGACGAAGAUAGAGUAAAAGCUGCUUACAAUCAAACAGAUUCAGCCGUUAUUGGAGGAGUUUUGGCCGUAUUAUUCGUCGCACUGGUGCUUUUCGCUGUUUUCGCCGGGAGAUAUGUUGCAAGGCACAAGGGAGAAUACAUCACACAAGAGGACAAAGGUGCAGAAGUUGCAUUGGAUCCAGAUUCAGCCGUCGUACGAUCGAGAACAGGUCAUCAAGUCACGGAAAAAAAAGAAUGGUUUAUUUAG